UGGGAGGAGCGGAGGGAGGAGCUUUCGGUUGCGCACUUCCGCUUCCGGUUCUUAGCGUCCGCGCUGGCUGGGGCUCUGCAUUCGAGCGAGUUUGGUGUGGCGUCUGCUGGUUCCAGGAGAUUCGAGCUCCAGCCAGGAUGAUCGAGGUUGUUUGCAACGACCGUCUGGGGAAGAAGGUCCGCGUUAAAUGCAAUACUGAUGACACCAUAGGGGACCUUAAGAAGCUGAUUGCAGCCCAAACUGGCACCCGUUGGAACAAGAUCGUAUUGAAGAAGUGGUACACGAUUUUUAAGGACCACGUAUCUCUGGGGGACUAUGAAAUCCACGAUGGGAUGAACCUGGAGCUUUAUUACCAAUAGAGCAGAAUUCCUUCUACCUGUCCUUCCCUCUUCCCCCACCCUCGCCCCCCACACUAAUAUGGAUGCUUGUUUUUGAAAACUCAUGUUAAUAAAGACUUAGAGGCUG